AUGGCGCUGCAGUGCGGGGGCCUGGACGAGUUACCCACCGCCUGCCUAUCGCCAUGCGGGCCGCCCAACCCCGCCGAGCUGUAUAGCGAGGCGCAGCGCUUGGCGCUGGAGGAGCUGGUGACCGGCGGCCCCGACGCCUUCGCGGCUUUCCUAAGACGCGAGCGCCUGAGUCGCUUCCUGAAUCCGGAUGAGGUGUGCGCCAUCCUUCGCGCGGCCGAGCGGCCCGGCGAAGAGGGCGCGACCACGGGGGCCGAGGACUCCUUCGGCUCGUCCCACGACUGUUCGUCUGGCACCUACUUCCCUGAGCAGUCGGAUCUGGAGCCGCCGCUGCUCGAGCUGGGCUGGCCCGCCUUCUACGAGGGCGCCUACCGUGGCCCCACGCGUGUCGAGGCGCACUUCCAGCCACGCGGCGUCGGAGCCGGCGGCCCUUAUGGCUGUAAGGACGCGCUGCGCCAGCAGCUUCGCUCGGCGCGAGAGGUGAUUGCAGUGGUAAUGGAUGUGUUCACUGACAUCGACAUCUUCAGAGACCUGCAGGAAAUCUGUAGGAAGCAGGGAGUUGCUGUGUACAUCCUCCUGGACCAGGCUCAGCUCUCUCAGUUUUUGGAUAUGUGCAUGGAUCUGAAAGUUCAUCCUGAACAGGAAAAGCUAAUGACAGUUCGGACUAUCACAGGAAAUACUUACUAUGCCAGGUCAGGAACUAAAAUUGUUGGGAAGGUUCAUGAAAAGUUCACAUUGAUUGAUGGCAUUCGUGUGGCAACAGGCUCUUACAGUUUUACAUGGACGGAUGGCAAAUUAAAUAGCAGUAACUUGGUAAUCCUGUCUGGCCAAGUGGUUGAACACUUUGAUUUGGAGUUCCGAAUCCUAUAUGCACAGUCAAAGCCAAUCAGCUCCAAACUCCUUUCCAACUUCCGGAUCAGCAGCAAGUUUGACCAUCUAGUUGACCGAAAGCCACCGUCCAAGGAACUCACACUGGGCAACCUCCUGAGGCUGAGGCUGGCUAGACUCUCGAGUACUCCCAAGAAGCCUGACCUGGAACCAGAGGUGCCCACAGGGGGCAGGGCAGAGACCAGGCACCACGACUCUGUGUCCUCCACCAUCAGUGAGGAAGACUACAUAAAUAGUCACAAGGAUGAACUAGAAAGCCAAAGGGCAACUGAUGUCGCUACUCAAACGGAGCCAGUAGAAGAGAUGGCAACAGUGCAUGUGAGUGACAUGGGGACACAGACUCAGAUCAGCACAGUGUGCACUGGGGCCCAAGCCACAGUUGCCACCAGGGUAGCCAGCUCUCAAACCGUGAUUUGGUCCAAGUCGACCACCACCCAGACUGAUGGGGAUGAGAAUAUUCUCUUUUCUCAGGAAACUCAGUCUAAAGAAGGGUCGCCAGUUUCAAAAAUGUCUGUAUCAAGAUCUUCCAGUUUGAAGUCUUCCUCAUCUUUGUCUUCCCAAGGCUCGGUGGCAAGCUCCAUUGGCUCCCAGACUUCCAUGCGAGUCACCGACUUCCACAAUCCUGGAUAUCCAAAGUACUUGGGCACCCCCCACUUAGAUAUGUGCCUAAGAGACUCAUUUAGAAACUUGAAUAAAGAGAGGGAGUUCCACUUUGCUGGGAUCAGGUCCCGGCUCAACCACAUGCUGGCCAUGCUCUCAAGGAGAACGUUCCUUGCAGAAAACUGCCUCGGCUUUAAUCCUGGAAAUUUUAACAGAGCAUCGGUUAACUUGCUUACUCUCAGAGAUGUAGCACUUUAUCCUUCCUAUCAGUGA